AUGUCCGAUCAAGACCAAGCAGUUGAGAAUGCCAAAAAGACUACAAUUUCUUACGCACAAGAUUGGGGCCGCUCCCCUCUUCCCCCCGUCCUCCUCGCAACCUUCACUACCGCUCUACAUGCUCGCCCCCUCCAACCUCUUCCCCUAGCCUUCACCCCCGUCUUCCUCUUCAGUACCUACCUCAAUCUCUCCGGAUACGCUAUUGAUUCCGCCGGCUUGACAGCUGCCUGGUCUGGUCUCUAUCUCAUCAUGGCAAACCGAAGAAAAGCGUCGGGAAAGAACAUGUAUGCAAGAAUUGGGAGUAAAUUUGGAGCCAGGGGUAUGGUCCGAGGUGCUGCGAUGGGUGUUGCAGGUCUGAAUUUGGUGGGUGGUGGAAUCACAUAUGCUUUUGGCAAGAGGGAGAAUGAGGAUAAAACUCUUUGA